AUCUCAUAUAACAAUAUUGUAUUCGAGUAAUCCACGUGUUAAUAAAUAUAUUGUUACUAAACUUAAAUAUAUAAAAAUGGGAAAAAUUAAACAAGAACCAAUUGAAAACGACGAAAAUGAUGUCUCGAUAAAAUCGGAACCGCAGAGCUACGGUGAUAAAGUCGAUCAUUGCAGCGUGAUCGCAAAACCCAUGGCACAUAAAAAAUUAAGCAAAAAGAUCUACAAACUUAUCAAGAAAUCUACUAGCCACAAGAAUUAUAUUAGAAAUGGUUUAAAAAUAGUACAAAAGCAAUUGCGACUUGGAGAAAAGGGGAUUGUCAUCUUUGCAGGUGACAUAUCACCAAUAGAGAUCAUGUGCCACCUGCCAGCUGUGUGCGAAGAGAAAGACGUCCCAUAUUGCUACACACCAAGCCGUAAAGACAUUGGUUCUGCUAUGGGAACCAUGAGGGGCUGCAUCAUGGUGUUAGUGAAGGAACAUGAGGAGUACAAAGACUUGUUUGAUGAAGUUAGAAGUGAAAUCAAAUUGUUAGGUCACCCACUUUAAGAUUCUAUUUUAAAUGAAAACAUAGGUUAAAUAUUAAUGAUAUAUCUGUGAAGACUAUACUAUUGUCAUUGUGACAAUACUGUUACAAUCACCAUAUCUAUGGGUUUGACCAGGACUUUAUGCAGUGCAGUUAAAUAUGUAUCUUAUUCAAAACUCAUUAAAAUUUCAAAUUCAACAACAAUAUAUGCUUCAUUGGUAUUUGUAUACUAGCAGUACUUUAAAUUUAAAUCUGGUUAAAUUAAGAAGCAAUUGUAAUAGUAUUACAUAAGGUAGAUAGUCAUAUAAUACAAUUGAAUAUUAUCAGUAAACCAUUACAUAAAUAUUAUUAUACACUAUGUAUUGGGUUCAUAAAUGCACUAAACUGAAAGCCAAGUAGAAUACUCAUGAAAUUGAAUCACACUCACCUAGAAACAAAGUGGAAAACU